AUGUGCACGGAGCCAGUGAGAUCAUUUUUUAGCCAGUGGCGACUUUGGAUCAGGCCUUUCUUUAUUGCGACAUAUAUAGUAUUGGUAAUUGUAUUAGUGCCAACACUAAUUGUACAUGCUAUAGAAAAUGGAUUUACAAAAUCUGAUCAAGGAACGUUGGUUGCUGGGGGCUUCGUACUCUUGGCUGUGCCAAUAUCAAUUUGGCAAAUUACACAACACAUAGUACACUACACUAAACCAUCAUUACAAAAACAUAUUAUUCGAAUAUUAUGGAUGGUACCAAUUUAUGCCUUAAAUGCUUGGCUUGGCCUAGAAUUUCCUGAACAGUCUAUAUAUAUGGACUCCCUAAGAGAGUGUUAUGAAGCAUAUGUUAUAUAUAAUUUCAUGAAGUAUUUACUUAAUUACCUCAAUGAUGGUAAUGAUUUAGAAGAAUUAUUAGAGUUAAAGCCUCAAGUGUAUCAUAUAUUCCCUUUGUGUUGUUUGGCUCCUUGGCAAAUGGGACGUGAAUUUAUUCAUAACUGCAAGCAUGGGAUUUUGCAGUACACACUUGUGAGGCCUCUGACAACAGUCAUCUCAAUGAUAUGUGAACUUUGUGGUGUCUAUGGAGAAAGUGACUUCAGUGCAAAUGUUGCUUUCCCUUACAUGGUAGCAAUUAAUAACUUGUCACAAUUUGUGGCUAUGUAUUGUUUAGUAUUAUUUUACAGAGCAAAUAGGACAGAGUUAAAACCAAUGAAGCCUAUUGGAAAAUUUCUAUGCAUCAAAGCUGUAGUUUUCUUCUCAUUCUUCCAAGGUGUUAUUAUAAAUAUUUUGGUAUACUGUGGUGUGAUAUCAACAAUAUUUGAUAUUUCUGAUAAGGACAAGAUAAAGAUUAUGUCUUCCAAACUACAGGACUUCCUGAUUUGCAUAGAGAUGUUCAUAGCAGCGAUAGCCCAUCACUACAGUUUCUCGUACAAGCCUUAUAUAUCGCCACUCGAUCCAUCCCCAUCAUGUUUGGGCUCGUUCCUCGCGAUGUGGGAUGUAUCAGAUGUCAAACGGGACAUUUCUGAGCAUCUUGGUGUUGUGGGAAGCUCAUUUAGCAGACGGUUACGAGGUAAAUCAAUGUAUCACAUGACCAAAGGUUAUGAUGAGAGCUCAAGGCUUUUCAGCGAACAAGUUACAUCCAGCUCUGUGCCAGAUAUGACAGUUGAAGCCACAGAACCACCGUUGGUGGACGUACGGCCUUCUGUAUAUGGAUCUCUCGAUUACACUAUGGCAACGGGUUCAAUGAACUCUGAAACUGACCCCUUACUUGAUAUGUCCGAAGAUAAAUCUGACCCAAAAGCGUAA